AUGGCUUCCCCAACAUUUCAGCUGGUUCUGCAGAGCUCAACGCCAUUGAAGAUCAAGCCCACGGCCUUCUCCCUAACGGACCGCCACCGCCAGCCCCCCCCCGCGGCUGACGACCUUACUUCUCUCCGUCUCAUUGCCUUCAACGAGCUAUUUGAGGUAGCAUUCUUCACCGAGCUGUUGGCCAACAUCACCAACAACGUUCCGGGCUACGAAGUCCAGGACCCGUCUCAAAAACAAGCCUUGAUCAAUGAGAUUACGGCCGUUGUAGCCCAGGAGGAACUCCACGAACUCAAUGCCAACAACGCCCUUGCCAAGUUCAACGCCGGCCCCAUCCAGCCAUGCGAAUACAUCGCAGGCGUGAGCACGUUGCCGGACGCCAUCAAGCUGGCCGCGACUUUCACAGACGUUGUUCUCGGCACGCUGGGCGAUGUGCAGACCCACUUUGGACAGAACGGCGACGCAGGUCUGAUCCGUGGCGUUGCUGCCGUCAUUGGCCAAGAAGGCGAGCAGGAUGGAUUCCACCGCAACUAUCUCGGCGAGCUCCCCAGCCAAGCACCAUUCCUGACCGCGUCCACUCGGGAAUUCGCCUUCUCGGCUCUGAACCAGAUGUUCAUUGUUCCAGGUUCCUGCCCCAAUCUCAACACUAUUGACCUGCCCAUCUUUGGCGCCUUGAACCUGUUGAGCAAAGACGUCAUGCCCCAAGACCAAACUCUGAAGUUCUCUUUUUCUACUUCCGGCAAAUACAGCAAAUACAGCUCGACCGAUGGUCUUAGCCUGGUCUUGAUCAAUCAGCAGAAUGUGCCGGUCGUUGAACCCCUCGGCCAACCCCAUGUUGGCCACGACGGCACCGUCACUUUCUCGGCCAAUUUCCCAUUCAGCCAGUUCAAGAUGCACGGCUUGACCAUUGCCGUUGUCGCUGAAGGCUCGUCGUUUGCGACCGUGGCGGAUGUUGCCAAAGCCACCGUAUUCGGGCCUGCCUUGAUCGAGGUGGACUAA